AUGAAUGCUAUGCUGGGCCUUGGCCUGCUUCUGGCUGGCUUCUUUGCUGUGGAAGGUGUUCCACAGAACAACUUCUCUCCAAAUAGUCAUGUGGCUGUGAGCCAGCCCCAAGUAUGGAAAGGAAGGUGGGCAGCCCAGGAGCUUGCAAGGCAGAACACAGAUUUUGGCUUCAAGCUCUUCAAGAACUUGGCCUCUAGAAGCCCCAGCAAGAAUAUCUUCUUCUCCCCCUUGAGUGUCUCCAUGGCCUUCUCCAUGCUGUGCUUAGGUGCCCAGGACUCCACUCUGGCUGACAUCAAGCAGGGCUUCAACUUCACGAACCUGUCAGAGAAGGAUCUUCAUGAGGGUUUCCAUUACCUCAUCCAGAGGCUAAACCAGGGGCGCCAGAAUGUCAAGCUGAACCUUGGUAAUGUGUUGUUCAUAGACCAGAAGUUGCAGCCCCAGCGGAAGUUUCUGACAGAUGCCAAGAGUCUGUACAAUGCAGACGUCGUUCCCACUGACUUCCAGAACUUAGAAAUUACUCAGAAGAAGAUCAAUGACUAUGUCAGUCAGAAAACCCAUGGGAAACUUGACAAUCUGAUCAAGAAUAUAGAUCCUGGCACUGUGAUGCUCCUUAUAAAUUAUAUUUUCUUUCGAGCCAGGUGGCAACAUGAGUUUGAUCCAAAAUUAACUAAAGAAGAAGACUUUAUGCUGGACCAAAACAAGUCUGUGAAAGUGCCCAUGAUGUUCCAUGGGAGCAUGUACAAGGUUGGCCGUGACGACCAGCUCUCCUGCACUGUCCUGGAAAUGCCCUACCAAGGAAACAUCACAGCCAUCUUCAUCCUUCCUGAUGAGGGCAAACUGGCGAGUGUGGAAGAAGCCAUAACAACCAACGUAUUGGCAAGAUGGAGGAAAAUAAUCACACAGAGGGUUGUGGAUGUGUCCGUGCCCAGGCUUUCCAUCACUAGUACCUACAAUUUGAAGGAGGUACUCUCUCAGCUGGGUAUCACCAAAAUCUUCGAGGAGCAUGGUGACCUCACCAGGAUCUCCCCUCACCGCAGCCUGAAAGUGGGUGAGGUGGUCCACAAGGCCAAGCUGAAGAUGGACGAGAAGGGCACAGAAGGGGCUGCAGGCUCUGGAGCACAGACGUUGCCCAUGGAGAGGCCGUUACAGGUCAAGUUAAACAAAACCUUUCUGAUGAUGAUGUUUGAGGAGAAGACAGAGUCCAUGCUCUUCCUGGGGAAGAUUGUCAACCCUACUGGGGCAUAG